AUGGAUAAAUUAUCUCAAAAACUACGCUUCCGAACAUCGUAUCAAUUUGUUGAACCCAGGUAUUACAGCUUUACAAUGGUUAAAAUCGCUGUAGCUGGCAGUUCUGGGCAGAUUUCCCGAGAGAUUGUUGAUAUUCUCAUAGCGUCCAAAAAGCAUGAUAUAACCAUAUUAAGCAGGAAGCCAUCACACCCAGGAUUAGUUAGUUGGCAAACGGUAGACUACGAUGAUAAGGCUGCAUUGGUUGAGGCCCUUUGCGGGAUCCACACCCUCUUGUCCUUCGUCCAGAUUCUCUCGGAUCCCGACCAGAGGUCUCAGAGGAACCUCAUCGAUGCGGCUAUUAGCGCUGGUGUAAAACGCUUUGUACCGAGCGAGUAUGGGAGUGAGGGGACGGUUGACAUGGCCUGGUGGCAGGGAAAAGAAAGAAUCAGGCAGUACCUAAAAGAAGUAAAUGCAAAAGGAAACAAACUCGAGUACAUCUUACUUCAACCUGGUUUGUUCUUUGACUACCUAGCCUUCCCUCACAAGACGGCUAAGUAUGUCGACCCGCUGCAGAGCGUCUUCGACUUUGAGAACAGGCGUGCCAUCGUUGUGGAAGGCUACGAAGCCGCUGUUAUGAUGACUCUAACCACUGUCGCGGACCUUGCCGCAAUCGUUGCUCGAUCAGUUGAUUACGAUGGCAAGUGGCCUACAGCUGGCGGGCGACCUUUCACUGUCGACAAAGUAAAAGUCGAAGAUCUCGAAGCCGAAGACCUAAAGAUAUCGUGGGGCUUGAACGCAGUUCACCACGCAGUCUCUUAA